CACGGGGACGUUACGCGGGUAACGUUUUACCUGUGCUUUCAAUCUCAACAAAAAUAAAAAAAAGGCAAUGAUGCUAUUCAUUCAUUGAUGGUUCAUAUUGUGCGUAACCGAUUCCCCCCUUGUUUCCCGGCCGGCUAGACAAAGUCCUUCUUUCCCACAUGAAUUUCACCUUUCCUUAUCUUUCUUUUUCCAGCUCCCCUUAUUAAAUAAAUCUCCUUCAAUUUCGCUUCCUCCGAUGCCAUCCCAUGUCUGUUUCUGCCGCACUUCCAUUGUUUUCCCCACAAGAACACAACACAACCACGUUCAUUCAUUCAUUCAUUAUAUACCCAUCUCCAUCCUCUGCUAUUUAUUUCCCUCUGCACAGAAUCCAUCUAGCCAAAGGUUUCUUGUCACGUCGGAGAUAAGAAGAAGGAAAUUAAGAAGACGAUGAUGGGGGACGACAUAUUUCAGGCGCAAGCCCGAUCGGGAGCAGGGACGAAUUUCAAUAAUAAUGGGAAAGCCAUGAAAGUGGGGAAGCCACCCACGAGGCUGCAGAACAAAGCCCCUAAAGCUCUGAAUCUGGAUCAGGUUCCGGUGGCCGCCGGAAUCACCUCGGGGACGGGAAGCAGCGCACCCAUUCCCCUCCUGUCACCCUUGAUUCUGUCUCCGGCAGCCGCGGAACCAGCUUCCGUACACAACCACUUCAUGUUUCCUGCGGUAUCUGGGGCGACCACCGACGGCGGCAACGGAGAAGUUACCGAUGGCCGGUCGUCGGCGGAGAGUGGUUACACAGAGCCCUCAUCACUGUACAUGUCUUUCCAGAACCAAUGCGUACUCAUCAACCGAGCACAGUGAUCAGGAGAUGGGAUUCAUUUCGCUGUUGAUUAAAUAAAAACUACAUUGAUCAGAUCAUCUGAUCAUAUACAGAGAAAGAGAGAGAUUAGCUUUUCGUCUGCUUUUAUCUCUUGAUGUCCAUUUACAACGUGCAGAUAGAUCAUAGAUGUUCCCAUUUCGAUUAUUACUUCCAGUAUAGAGAGCAGACCCCAACUCGGAGGUCGCCCGUCGGUUUCAGUUACUUUCUUUCUGUGAAUGGAAACGUGAUUUUUUUUUAUUUAUUUAUUUUUUUUGCAUAUAAUGUCAUGUUCCUCUGUUUUUCCCCCCACGUCGUCUCUAUUUUGUCUCCGAAGCUGAAAUAAGCGCAGCCAGAAGCCAAAACGGAAAACCCAUGAAUGGGAACCAAUGUUUGCUAACUCCUGAUCACAACCCAAGAAGAGGAUCUCACAAACAAGCGUCUAACGCAAUUGAAUCAAGUGCGGACAAUUCA